UGUACUUUCUGUUUAAUCUGGUCGGCAGCUCACCUCUGCAACACCAAUCUACACAACGUGAGAAAAGAAAGACUUUCGUGGGUUACUGACGGAAAAAUCCUCCUACAGCGUUUCUACGUUUGAUAGUUUCUGGAAGAGCUGUCGUGUUCACAAUCAAAAAUAUUUUCCACAUCGUUUUGGUUUUAUUAUCAAAAUUUUUGAUGAGCAGUAAUGACUUCCGUCUAUCAGAAGUCGGACAGCGAUCCUCCGCAGGUGCAUGAGAAAGGCCCGGAGGGCGACCAUAGCUUGCAAGAGGAGACGCUUCAGCAGAUGAGGAUCCUAAUAAAAGAAAACAUGGACAUGAAGGAUGCCUUGAAACAGAACAGCUUCUCAAUGAAGGAGCGUUUAGAGGAGCUGCUGGCCUGGAAGGAGAGGCAGGUGCUAGAAAAGGAACUUCUAGAGGGGAAGCUGAUGGAGACCAUGCGGCAUGUGGAGGCCCUCACCAAGAUUAACAAGGAGCAGCAGAGGGCUGCAGUGGCAGAGAACUCAGCGGUGGAGAAUCUGAAGGUCCUGAUGGCCAAGCUGAAGGCAGAGAAAACCGACCUGGUGGCCAUGAAUUCUGAACUUGAGCUGAAGCUGAGCCAGAGGUUCCCCGAAGAUUUUGUGGCAGUCCAGUUUGCGGAACGUGCAGAGAUAAACAGGGCACAUGAUUUACUGAUCAGCCAGGAAGAUUCACCAUUUUGCACCAUGAAACAUGAGGAGAGGACUGUGAGCCGACUGCUGCAGUCCCUGAAAAUGGAGACAGAGAAGGUAGAAAAGCUGCAACACAAGCUUCAGGCUGUGAGGAACAGAAUGAUAGAACUGGAGUCAUGGACACAUUUGAAGGGCAAAAAUGAGACCCAGAAAUCUCAGUGCAUGGAGGACAAUGAGCACUGCUGUAGGUCCAAUGCCAGCACUAACAUGGAUGGACAAAUCCAGUAUGAACCCUCUGUGACAGGAGAUGGGUCUUCUACAGAGAUGGAGAGCCUGAAGGUCCAGGCGCAGACACUUGUCAAAGAUCUGCACAGUCUGCAGUCCAAGCUUGAAGAUUCGGAAGACAUGAAGAAGAGCCUGCAUGACAAGUGCAGGGACAUAGAAGGAGAGAGGAUGCAGCUGAGAGCACAGCUGGUGGAGAGACAGCGGUGGUACGAGAAGACAGUGUCACAGCUGGAGGAGAAGCAGCAAGAGAACAAGAAACUUAUAGCACAUAUGGAGGAGAAGCAGCAGGAAAACAAUAUGCUCAGAGCACAGCUGGCAGAGAAGCGGCAGGGAAACAAGAAGAUGGAGUCACAGAUGGAGGUAAAGCAGUGGCAGUAUGAGAAGAUGGAGUCACAGCUGGAGGAGAAGCAACAGCAGCAUGAGAAGAUGGAGUUACGGCUGGAGGAGAAGCAGCAAGAGAACAAGAAGCUAAAAAUGCAGCUGGAGAAGACACAGCAGGAGAAUAAAAAGAUGGAGUCACAGCUGGCAGAGAAUCAGCAGGAGAAAGAGAAGAUGGAAUCACAGCUGGAGGAGAAGCAGCAGGAGAACAAGAAGCUAAAAGCGCAGCUGGAAGAGAAGUGGCUAGAGAAUACAAAGAUGAAGUUACAGCUGGAGGAGAAGCAGCAGGAGAAUGAGAUGCUGAAAAAACAGUUAGACAACAUGAGCUCCUGCAUGAAGACAGUGCAGAAUAACGCUGAGGAAGGGAGAAGGAAUUUGGCUCAGCUGAAGGAUGCUCAUGACCAGCUCUAUGAGGAAUAUAUGGGGAUGCAGAAGCAAAUCAGAGAAACUAAGGAAGAGAUGAAUGGCCUUAAUGACAGGCUCGGUGCCGCGGAAGAAGCCCUGGCAACCAAACAACAAAAGAUUGAUGAGAUGAAGCAGGAAAUCUUCAAGAAGGAGGCAGAACUGGAGACUGUCUCUGUGUUCAAGGCACAGGCAGAAGUGUACUCAUCAGACUUCUAUGCAGAGAGAGAAGCGAGGGAGAAGAUCCAUGAGGAGAAGGAGCGCUUGGCUGAGGAGUUGAACAACAUAAUGAAGGAGAACCUUCAGCUGCAGGAGCAAAUUGAGUGUCUGGGCAGGCAAACUGUGACAAAGCUACAGCUCCGCCAUGGGUCAGUGCCAUGUGAGGCCAGUCCACCAGGGGGCAAUGUAUCACCAGCUGUCAACCACGAGUUGGACAUCGCUGAGUUCCAUUGCCCCAAAUGCAAUGACAUCCUGCCAGAUAUGGAUAGCCUCCAGAUCCACAUCAUGGAGUGCAUAACCUGAGCUCUGCUGGAGUCCUUAUCUCCCAGGCUGCCCCCUGAAGGAAGGUCUGAGUAUCUUCCUGAGAGCAUCCUGUGACUCCAAGCCUGCACAUGUGUUGGAAGAAGUCUGCAGACACUCAAAAGAACAGUUUGAUGCUGCACGUCAGCUCUGUGAUUAAACAAUUUGUUCAGCACCAAAAAGCACUUACACAGUGCUUUGACUUGGAAUAGGGAUAGGCAGUAUGGCAAAAUAUUUUAUCAUGAUUAUGAUUAUUUUUUCAUAUCAGUUGAUAUUGAUAAUUAUCAUGAUAUAAUUAAUUUUUAUAUAUUAACUUCAAGCCUCAAUUUUUGCUUAAAAAUCUUCUAGAAUUCCUAUAAAACAGAUUCAGAAUAAUAAAAAAAAAAUGCAACCUGGAAUCAAAUUUUUCUAAAUAAAUUGUACUUUUUUGUCUUAGGGUGCAACACUGGAAAAUACAGAGAGUACAGUUUGUUGCUGGGUUUUUUCUCCGACUGCCUCGUUGCUCAUUUCAGGGAACGGGUUUGAAAUUGUUGAUACAGUUGUCUUUCAUCCCAUAAUGCAAGAUAAAUUCCUGUGUCCCAUGGUUAACUAAUGCAGUACUGGACAGCAGCACGUCAAGUGGUGAAAUAAGUUUGCAAUAUUUCCAGUUUUAGUUGGCACAAGUUUUCAGCAGGGUUUACAGUACACAGCACCAGUCUGUUGAAUGUCAUGACUUUAAACUGCAAAAAGUACCACCACAACACUGAUGUCUUCUUGCCUGAUUUAUUCACAAUAUUUCUUCACCGAAUACCAGAUGAUUUUUUGGAAUUGUGUUUGUUCCUGUGAUGUGAUAGGCUCAUAUGUGCUAUCAAGAAAGCAAGGUUUUAUUGUCGACAGGGUAUCAAAGUUUCUCGUUUUCUUAUUUAAAUUUUAUAUUUAGUCAAUAUAUUAUUUAUAUUGCCCAGCCUGGAACACAGGGCAUGAUUUUAGUGUAAUAAAAUGGGAAUGUGGUGGUACGACAAAUGUAAUUCAGUUGAAGUAAUUUUUCAGUGUUUGUGAAUGGCUCUGGGUAAUAUUGUGGAUCUGAAAUACAAACAUAUGCAUUGUAUUUCAUAAAUUAUGUCAAUGUAUUAUCAUCAGUUAAAUAUACAAUAAAUAUAUGCAAAGUUAA